AUGUCGGAAGUGACUGCGAUCCUGCCUCAGGGAGUCGGGUACGGCGUCGUACUGGGUGUCGGCUUCUUCUUCGCUGGCUUCAUGGCAAUCUUGACGCAAAUACAAAACCGAUACACCCAGUAUUCCACGAAGACGUCCGAAGAAUUCAACACUGCUUCUCGCAGCGUGAAGCCUGGUCUCAUCGCGAGCGGUAUAGUGUCCGCGUGGACAUGGGCCGCAACCUUACUGCAGUCAUGCACAGUGGCGUAUGAGUACGGGAUUUCAGGGCCGUUCUGGUACGCCAGUGGGGCAACGGUGCAGAUCCUCCUUUUCGCCAUUCUAGGCGUAAAAGUGAAGCAAAAUGCGCCCCGCUGUCACACCUACCUCGAGAUCAUCUACACUCGCUACGGAUCCACCGCUCACUGGGUCUUCAUGGUAUUCGCGUUCAUCACCAAUAUUCUUGUUGGAUCCCAGCUUCUUCUCGGUGGUAGCGCAGUCGUAACGGCCUUGACCGGCAUGAAUGUGUACGCCGCCGUGUGGCUUAUCCCUGUGGGAGUCACGAUAUAUGUCAUUUUGGGCGGUCUGCGAGCGACAUUCUUGUGUGAUUACACGCACACAUUUAUUUUGAUGAUAAUCUACUCAUCUUCGCCACUCAUCGGCUCUCCUCGGGAGAUGUACAAUCUCCUAAAAAUCGCUGCUGCUAAACGACCAGUGGCGGGCAAUACAGACGGCUCGUACAUGACGCUCAAGUCAAAUUUCGCCCUUAUAUUCGGUGUAAUCCAGCUCUGCUCUGGAUCGGGCACUGUCUUCCUAGAUCAAGGUUAUUGGCAGAGGGCCAUCGCCUCGAGGCCCUCUACCGCUGUCCGCGCAUAUCUGCUAGGUGGACUGGCGUGGUAUGCGAUUCCUUUCGCAUUUGCUACGACCCUGGGAUUAGCGGCCGUGGCACUCACUGAUCACCCGAGCUUCCCGACGUAUCCUAACCCGCUGAGUGCCAGCCAGGUUAGCGCAGGAUUAGCGGCGCCCACCGCAGCCGUUGCCCUUCUCGGGAAGGGUGGAGCUGCAGCCCUGCUGAUUAUUCUGUUCAUGGCGGUCACAUCCGCGGCAAGUUCGGAGAUGAUUGCUACGAGUUCUAUCCUGACCUUCGACGUUUACAAACUCCAUAUUCGACCAGACGCACCCCCGGCUACGAUGAUCCAAGUUUCCCACAUCAUGAUCGUCGUCUUCGCAUUUGUUAUGGCAACCAUGGCCUCCGUUUGGCAGGCGAUCGGGAUCGACCUUGGGUGGUUAUUCCUGUUCAUGGGCGUAAUCAUUGGAGGAGCAGUUGUCCCCGUGGCACUCACGAUAUGCUGGAAAAAGCAAACUAAGGUGGCUGCGAUCACCGGCGCUAUCGUGGGCUGCGCGUCGGGGAUACUCGCCUGGCUUUUGACCGCUGCGUAUACCAACGACGGCGUCCUCUCGGUCGCGACUACGGGGCAAGAAUACGCCUCAGUCGCGGGGAGCCUUGCUUCCAUAUGCAUGGGAGCUAUCUGCACUGUAGGAAUCUCGCUGUGGAAUCCGGACGACUUCGACUGGGAGAUCACUCGGGCGAUCAAUAGAGUGCCGGAGCAGGGUGCGAGCUCGUCCUCAUCAACGGUUGAUGAAGAGGAUAGGGAGCGUCAGCUUAAGGAGAAGGAGCGGGGGGAUGUCCAGAUCCGGGAGGCGAAAGUGCAGGGGGUAGAUGACGCGCCUUUACCCGGGGUGCGGUUCUCCGAAGACGAGCACCCCGACAAGCUGAAGAGCGCUCUGAAAUUCGCCAUCAUCGCGAGUUUCGGCCUGGUGGCCGUUAUGGACCUUAUAGUGCCCCUGCCUUUGUUCUUCUCCCACUAUACCUUCUCUGUCAAGUUUUUCACGGCGUGGGUUGUGAUAGGCAUCAUUUGGGCCUUCUGUUCAGCGUUCAUAUGUAUCUUCCUCCCUCUUAUGGAAUCACGGAACGCUCUGUCAGAAGUGGGGGGUGGAUUGAUCAAGGAUAUAUUCACGGGUGGUAGACACCACAAACGGCGGAGAGAAGCAGAGCAAUCUACAAAGCCGGUCGCUUGACACACGCCGGUACGAGCAUUAUUGGGACAGUACUUGCAUCCAUCACGAUGUGGAUAGUUGGUCGUGUAAGCUCAUCUUGUAAUUCACUUGUACUUAGAGUGGGGAAUCAUAGACGCCCCUAGUAUACCAGACCAUGAAGACUGGUGUUACUUACAAG